UAUCUAGCUUCAAUUGUACUCUACACUUUUUACGAGACAUAAUAAUUAGCAUUUAGUUAACGAAAUAAGUAAUUUAACCUUUAAAAAUUCCUAUAAUUACAAUAAAGUCCAUUAAAAAAAUAAACAAAAGACAAAUUACUUACACAGACAAAUCGAAUUGAUCAAUUAGUAAUUAAAAAUAAGUCGAUUGUCUAUUUAUGUAACAAUCAAGUGAUAUUGCGUAAAGCAAGUCAUUAAAAGCCGGCUCGAGGUUGUCAUGCUCAGACAAUUUCUGUAAUUUCCUGAAAACUAAAGAGCUGAAAAAAAAAAUACGAUCGAUUAAAAGUGCACUUGUAUAUAAGUAUACAAUAACGUAAAACAGAUGACUCAAUACAUCAGUCGCGCCAUUGCCGUUGUAGGACGUUCGUCGUUGUCUUGUGUUAAACGAGGUUUUCACGUUUCUCCUAGAGCCAUGGUUAUCUCCAUUGGUGACAAGCUGCCUUCAGUUGAUUUGUAUGAAGAUGCACCCAGCAACAAAGUAAACUCAGCUGAGCUUGCUUCUGGCAAAAAAAUUAUUAUUUUUGGCGUUCCUGGUGCCUUUACUCCUGGAUGUUCUAAGACACAUUUACCUGGAUAUGUAACAAAAGCUGAUGAAUUAAAAUCAAAGGGCAUACAUGAGAUAGCUUGCGUUAGCGUCAACGAUCCGUUUGUUAUGUCAGCUUGGGGAAAAGACCAAGGUGCUGCAGGCAAGGUGAGAAUGCUAGCAGACACCAACGCUGAAUUUACAAAAGCUCUUGAUGUAGCUAUGGAUCUCGCAGUGUUGGGUGGUACUCGUAGCAAGCGUUACUCUCUGGUUGUUGAGGACGGAAUCGUCAAGGAAGUUAACAUUGAGCCUGACAACACUGGACUCAGCUGUUCUCUCGCCGAUCGCAUCAAAGUUUAAACUUUGAAUUUACUUUUAAUUUUUAUUUCUUCUCAAUUCUAUUUCUAUUUCUUCAAUUACUUAAACAAAAAAAUUCAACAUUUAAUUAAUAUUUUAAAUAUAAAAAAAUCACAAUGUUGAAUUACCUAAACAUAUCCAUUUUUUUAAGACCCAUUUUCUUUUUUAGUCUUGCAUUCUAGUUAUAAAAAAGUUUGUUACCUAGUUUGUAAAAGUAUUGUCAAAUUUCCACUUUGUACACUUAGAAGAUAAAAAAAUGUGAACAAUAAAUUUCCUAAGACACUUGAAA